AUGAUAGGAAAUUAAAAUGCUUCAAAUUUAGUUGAAAUCAAACAUUCAAAUUUUAUUUAAAAUCUUGGAACUUAAGGAGUUGCAAUAAAAAGUAGUAAUAUUCUAUUAAAGUUAAUCCAUUGUAAUAUUAUUUCUAACAUUGCCCUUACUUAAGGUGGAGGUUUAUACAUCCAACUCAAAUCUAAAAAAAUUAUAAUCUCCAAAACUGUUAUAAUUUAUAAUAAAGCUCAAGAAGGAGGAGGAGGAAUUUAUUAUGAUUAGGAUAAUAAUCUCUCAACCAAAACCUCAGUUUAGACUUUCAUAUUUUUCAAUCAGGCUGAAGUAUAUGGAAAUAAUCUAGUUGAAAACCCGAGUUAUUUGUCAUUAUACAUUAAUUAAAAAGCAAUGUCUGCAGUAGAAUCAACGAUGAAUAAUAUAUCAACUAGCAUUCUUAAAAUUAGCCCAUACUUGGUAAUGGAACAAGGGAUUAAAAAGUAAACUGAAAUACUAAUGAUACCCAGUACUUAAGUAAUCGACACGUAUUAAAUAUUUUUUGUCAAUAAGGCUAUAUACUUAACAUACAUAAAAAGUUUGAAUAUUUAUUUCAAAAAUAGCAAGGGAGAAAUACUCCAAAACAUGUACAAUUCAACCUGUGAAGUUGCAGAUUUUAUUGUAACAAAGGGGAAGGAAGAAAAAUAGUAAUCUACUUCAAUUCAGCACUUGCAGUAUAAUAUAGAGAAUAAUAACUUUGAACUAAAUACUUUAUCUUUUCGACUUGAUCCAUAUUAAAAAGAGACUCGUUCCUUAGAAAUUUAAAUUUUUUGCAAGGCUCAAUAAUCACAGAAUGGUCUUAAUUAUAUCAUUAAGGCAACAAGUUUUAAAUGUUAGUUAGGAGAAUUUUAUAUCGAAGAAGGUUGUUAGACAUGCAAAUCUAACCAAGGAUUUUAUAGCGUAACUUAUGAUGCAAUUAAAUGUUCAAUUUUUGAUAAAACUAAAUUUUAAAACGUAACUUCCAAUAUGAUAAAUUUGCAAAAGGGGUAUUGGAGACCUAAUUACCUAUCCGAUGCCACAGAGGAAUGCUACAAAAAUACAGAAUUUUGUUUAGGAGGAUGGUAAGUUGGAGAUAGCACUUGUAGUUAAGGACACAUUGGUGCACUAUGCGAAAUGUGUGAUUUAUAUAAUAUAAAAGGAGAAGGGUAGUUUUUUAGAAAUUAAUAAAAUUAAAAUUGUGUUUCAUGCUUAAAUGAGGAGAGCAGCAUCCUUCCUUUUUUAUUUGCUUUAUUUUAGUAGAAAAUUUUAUUAUCUUUAGAGCUUUAUUAUCAAUUUCCUUAUCACUGA